GGGACACACGGUCAGCAAUUUCCGGACUGGCUUCAGGCGUCCCACGCGUAUAUGCGACCGACACUUCAGAUAUUUUUCAGUCAUGCAAGCUAAUUCUGGGUCCAAUUCGCUGUCUGCGCUCAACCAAGGAUUACAACCCGCGCUAGCAGGAGAAUCGAAAGAAAAGAUUCGCGAAGAACUCCUUCGUCAAGAGGCCGAGGUUGUCUCUGUUCUACUGCAACUUCGUAGCCGCAUCAAUGCCUUGUCACCUCUGGACCGACUCCCUCCUGAAAUCUUGUCGAUUAUCUUCGAACACCUUGCAUGUUCCUCGUACUACGAUGACAUCAUCCCCCUCGACUACUGGGACAGGCUGAAGACCCCAGCUCGGAAUCGACAACUCUUCGUGAUAACCCACGUAUGCCGAAGGUGGCGCGAGGUCUCCCUCAACGUAGCGGGUUUAUGGAAGCGCGCCAACGACUUCACGCCUAAUCGAAUUGACACCUUUCUAGAGCGUUCACGAGAUGCCACUAUCUCCUUGCAUCUCCAGGUCGAGCGUAUUGGCACCUUGACGCAGUUUCUCGCCAAAUGUGGUCAUCGACUGAAGCAUCUCGACAUCACGCUUCACGCACUUCAUCUCUUACAUCUUCCCUCUCUCCAAACCUUUCGGACUCCCAACCUUGAGUCGCUCACUAUCGUCUCGGAGGCGGAGCUGCCCGUGCAAGUCAGCGACCGUGAGCCUGUGCUGUUCUGCGACCACAUCUCUAGUCUCAAGGCAUUGGCGAUCGAUCCCGCUCACAUCUGCAUUCCAACCAAUGAAUUUCCCCAUCUCACCCAUCUAUACUUGGCGAAGUUCUCCAGCCCCAUUCUCUCUGGCGACAUAAUAGCCCGUCUUCUCGAGCUUCUUUCCAACACGCCCGCCCUCCAAUAUCUACACAUCGAAGGGCUCGAUCACAAUGCCUCCCGCACGGUGGCCACGAGAACCGCUUCACUCCACAGCCUGCGUGGUCUUACGUGUGGCGGUGGCGAUUUGCAGUCCGCGUUGUGUCUCCUGAGCAUCCUCGACGUUCCGGCAGACGUCACAAUCCGCAUGGACCGCGUGAAGUGCCUCACGCCAAAUCACAUAGCGCUGGUCAAGCCUCUGCCAUGUCAAGGCUUCCUCGCAAGCUUCACGCGCCUAGAGAUCACGGCCGCGUACGACGAUCUUCACCUCAUCGCGGACGGCCCACGCUCUGGACUUUGGAUACAGGCUGAUUGCGCCCACGACCACCAGUGGGACGAGUGGCUCGCACGUCUGUGCACCAUGUUUCCCCUCCCAUCCGUCACGACGCUCCUGGCCUCUGCUGUCGAUCGCCGAAUCAUCCCCAGUCUUCUCCGACAACUACCACGCCUCACCACAGUCGCGGUUUACAUCCGCGCGGGGCCGCUAGACGAGCGCGAAAAUGCGCCUUCGGCCUCGCACGAGCUGGCCAGCAGCCUCUACGCUGCCCUCGCUGACACCGAGCUGCCUCAGCUCGAAGUACUCGCGCUCGGCGCCAAGGCUGCGCACCCGGACAAGCUGUCGCCCGCCGACUUGGUCUCGAUGGUGGCCGCGCGCUCUGGGCGGGGCCGACCGUUGCAGCGACUGGACAUUGACCUGAUCGACUUCUGGCCCGAUAGGCACGCACGAUACCCCGUGGCACUCGACGUCGACCUAUUCCAGGCGGCGUUCGCGCCUGCGGCGGAGCAUGUGGAGGCGCUACAGCUGUUCAAGAAUGCGGGUGUAUGCCAUUUUGAGCUGCGGGAGAUGUGGACGAUGCCCGAAGCGGAACGGUACUGGAACAUGCCGGAAGAAAGCAUUCCGUUCUAUCGGCUUUAUUGGCAUUAG